AUGUUGUCGGAAUAAGACAGAAGAGCAUACGAAUCUUACAUUUUAGCAUCCUCAGACGAGGAUAGACAAGAAGCAAUCAAGAAACUCAUCCCAGGGUCGCAUCUGCACUAUCACUUGUACUUUGUGGACAGAAUGAAAACUGUCGGUUCCAAGUUGAGUGAGGAGGAUCAGACCAUGUUUGAGCAGUUCAGGAAUAAAUACCAACAUGAGACCUUGUUCAAGCAGAUUGAGAUACGCCUUAAACUUUUAGAAUACGACGAUGCAGCUGAUGAGGAGCAGCGCAAAAAGGUUGUCCAGGAUUUGGCUUCAGCAAAGUUCCUCAGUCUCUACUUUAACUUUCAGAAGCCAGAUGACAUCCAGAGACAUGAGGGCGAAUCCUCCAGUUCUCAAGCUGCUGAGGAGUCUCAUCAGGAUGAUGAGGAGAGUGCUGGAGAAGCAAGUGAGCCAGAAGAUAAGUCAUAUGGCAGUGAAGUAGGUGAUGAGGAAGUGGAGUAGGAAUCAAACUAGCGCAAUCAAAAUAAUAUCGAUGUCGACUUAGACUUAGACUCUUAUGGAGAUGAAAUAAAUGCUGCACCUGAAUAGUUUAUUGAUGUAGCUUUUCCAAGAAAUAGAGCAGCCAGAACUCGAAAUUAGAUUGACAAUAGAGUAUAACAAGAAAGAAGAACAAGAACGAAAAAGAAUGAAUUCGACUAUGAAAGACAUUUUGGUAAGGAAAAGAUAAAGAAGAUGUUUAAAGCUAACAAGCUCAAAUAGAAAGAUUCCUCAGAAAAACUAAGAAACCUUCCCGAAGGCUGGGAGCACAAGCUAGAUUUUACCCAGUACCAUCACAAAUCAGUUGCUUUUUGGGCUUUCUGCAAUUCAAGUAGGAUAAGUGAUAUCCAGAACGACUCAUUCUUUGAGUCACUGAAGGCAUUUUUUAAUGAAAGAUACGAGUAAAAGAAGACUUUCUUACUUGAUCAUAAUUUUUUGCGUUUUGGACUUACUUUGCAAUAGUUAGAUAGACUUGGUGCUCUUCACCCUAAGAUCAAGGAGGAUAAGCACUUCAUUGGAUCUUAUUUCUAGAAACAGUUCCAUGAUGAGCUGUCUAGUGAAAACCAAGAAGCCAUGUCGAACGAUGAGAAGCGAGCCAAUCUGCUUCAGCUUUACAACUAUACUAAGAGUAAGAACAUGCCAUAGAGUUUGCAGUCACAGCUUCUCAGUGAUGCCCUUGACCUUGGUAUUAAGCUGAACAUCUAUGAUGAGGACUUAUUCAGAGAUUAUUUAAAGAUACCAACUAACGUUCAGGCUAAUGUUUUUAAAGAAAAGAAGAAAGCUGUCUUUGAUGAUGUAUGGAACACGUAUCUCUUCAAUGUUCAGAGCUAGAAUAGCAGAGAGGGUAAACAAUCGACCUAACAGUCUUAAUUCAUAAACAAAUACCUAGAGCAUUUCUGUCAGGAAAAGGGCAGUCUUGAGAGUUUCAAAGACGAAUUCGAUAUCAAAUUUCUCAAGACCAUUGAGGAGAGAAUAAAGAUAUACAACUCUAAUGAUAUGACUGACUUAAAAGUAGACCUUAAGAAAUAUUAAAGUAUUGCCUCUGAAGUGGUGAUUAGAUUUGUUGAAUCCAAUAAGGAGACCUUUGCUGUUGAAGAGGAAGUCAAUCUAUCUGUAGAGCUUAAGAAUGUUCAGACUCUUUAUGUUAAAAUCUUUGAGUUCAACACCGAAACUUACUAUAAAAAGACCUUGUAGCCUUUCAAUUCAGGAGUCAACCUUGAUGGUUUAAUUGCCAGCAUUGAGAAACAAUGUGAAUACAGCCACUCGCCCAACAAGAAGUUUGUGGAAUCCUUUGCCUUCCCAGAACUAACUGGGAAAAUUGGUCUGUUCAUAGUGGAAUUCAUUGGUAAUGGCAUGAGCUGCAGAGCUGUGAUUAAAAAGGGUUCACUGUCACUUAUUCAUAAGCCAACCGUCGCAGGUCAUAUGGUAUAUAUAUUGGAUGAGAAAAAGCAGAUAUGCAAUGGUCCUAAGACAGGCAUAUACUUUGAUGGCUAGUACUUCAAGGCUAACGAAGAGCAAGGCGGAAAGAUCUUUAUUUCCUAUGGAAAGAGUGCGCUAGAGAGUAAGGCUAUUGUGAUGAAUAACGAUUUCGCCUAGCUUUGUGAUUUCUAACGAGAGACUGAAUAAUAUGAAUUCAAUGCUUGGAUGCAUCUAUGCAAGGAAAGUGUACUUAUUGGAAAUAAAGCCUAGAUCAUUAUCAGACCAACACUUUUAAUCAAUGGACGACAAGCUCCACUAAAGAUCUUAAAGAAUACUAAGAUAGUCCUCACCACAUAAAAUUACAUUGACAAUAUCCCAACUACUAAAAAUUUCGAUGGGAUGACCUUCACCGAGAACAAAGAGCUAGUGAUUGACUUCCAAGUGCCAGCUUAUCUGUCUACAAUCAGUGUUCAAAUCACUACUGAAUUGUACAACGUGACUCUCCAGCAGAAUCAAAGUUUCUCAGCCGCAGAGACUUUCACUAUUCAGACUCAUCAGUAUGACAAGAACAUGAUCGACGCUUACUUGCGCAAGGAAAACGGUGAGUACUUUAUCUACGUGCUGGGCAAGAACGGAGAGCCCAAGCCAAAGGUCUCAGUUAACUUAAUGAUGAUGUCAUUAGUAUUAAUGAAGAGAGGCGAAAGAAAUUUCACUUUAAUAACAGAUGCCAACGGAGUCAUUAAACUUGGCCAUCUUAAGAAAAUUAUGUUAAUUGAGAUGAGCAUCAGUGCAUAUGGCAUCACCAAGAUGAUAUUUAUUAAUAACUUGACUUAGAACCUCACUUAUCCCUCUAGAGUUGACACAGUUGAAGGUGAAGACUUGGAGUUCCCAGUAUUGUUUAAGAAAAAGGCGAGAAAGAACUUCUCACUACUCAAAAGAAGUGAAUGCACUAGCAUACUGGAAGAUUAUUUUGAUAAAACAGAAUUCAUUUCGUAAAAUGGAGAAAAAGAUUACAAUCUCAUAAAGUUAAAAAACUUACCUGAUGGAUAGUAUGUUCUGAAUCUCAAAGACAUAAAGAAGGAUAUUCUAAUCCUUGUUCACAAGGGGCAGUACUGGGAUGACGAUAAUUUCAUUUUAAAGAGGAAUUGCAUUUUUGAGAAUGAAGGUUCUCAAAAGCCAGUGAAGAUUGCUAAAGUUCUAGUUGAGGAAGGGAACAAUGAUAAAAGCAAUAUCACAGUUAAACUUGAAGAUCACACAGAUGAUGCUAGAGUUCAUAUCAUUGCUUAAUAAUUUGAGAACAGUAUCCCACACCUCCCAUCCCAAUAUGAUAAGUUAUAAUCUAAGACUGUGUUCCCCUUCGCUUAAUGGAAAAACAUCUUUAUGAGCAAUAGAGAGCUAUCCGAUGAAUUCAGAUAUGUAUUCGACAGGAAGUUCGCUUAGAGAUACCAGGGUAAUACACUUGAGAGACCCAGGUUGGUUCUUAAGAGAGCAUUUAUUUAAGCAACUUAGAUUGACCAAGCUCAGAUGAAACAAGGGACUCAGUUCGAGUAGAUUAAGGAAUAGCCAAAAUUAAUGGUCUAAAAUAUUGCUCCAAGAGCAUAUAAAAUGAAAUAAUUGAAGCCAAUGAAUUAGUCGGCCUAAAUAGAUUCUAUUAGAAAUAGAAGAAGUUCAAUAUAGUAGGACAAUUACGAUGAUGAAGAUGACGAAGCUGAAGAAGAUGAAGAUGAAAGUUACUAUAAUGAGCUAUAUGGAUCAGAUUAGGAAAUGAAUUUCAAUAAAUUGCUUGAAGGCCUUAAUGAGCUGAAGCAAGAGGAGGGAAAAAUCUCAGAAUUCUAGAAUUUCCUUAAAAACGGAGCACUAACUGAUUUCAAUUUGAAACCAGACAGUAACGGAGAGAUUAAGAUUUCAAGAAAUCUCUUACCUUUUACACAGUUACACAUUUUAGUAAUUGAUAAAAAUUCAGUUGCUUAGAAACAACUAGACCUUGCUUUGAAUUAAAUCUAGAAAAGAGAUCUCUCUCUCAACUAGCCAUUAGAUACCAGUAAGGGUUAUACUGAAAGCAGAGCUACACUAAGUAUUAUGAAGGACGAAACUCAUUUUAUAGAGGAUAUCACUUCAACUGAGAUCUAACUCAUAGAUAGCAUUCAAAAGGUCAAGGGAGUUUAUGAAGUCCUUAUGAAGUAAUUUGGAACCUAGAAUCAAGAUCCCUAUAAGGAGUUGCUGCCAAUCUUCAUCGGUUGGCCCAAGUAUAGUCUGGAAGAUAAAAAUAAGCAGUUUAACAAAUUGUUCUGCCAUGAAUUGAAUCUUUUUAUCUACUUCAGAGAUUAAGCUUACUUCAACUCCAUUGUGAAGCCAUAUCUAUCAAACAAAAUGGAGAAGACAUUUGUGGAUUUUUAUUUAUUAGGACAGUAUAACAAAAUCACCAACUAUCAAUCAAUUAACUAACUUGCUAAGCUCAACUCAUUGGAAAGAUGUCUAUUAGUAGAUACCUUAAUUAAAGUAGGACAGAAGGAGCAAGCAAUCAAACUGGCGAAGCAUUUAGAAGAGAAGAAUGCAGCUGAGGAGUAUGUAGAUCAAAUUUAAAAGGAUAACCAUUUCGAUACUGUACUCAACAUGAAUAUGCUAAAAUCUGGGGAAAGUGAUUUGGGAAGUCUAUCUACAACUUCAAAUAACUUGCUUUAUGCAACAUCUUCAUUCUCGAUGCCACCUCCACCACCAGGAGGCCCUCCAUUGAUGGCAAUGACUAGAAGUGCAGCUCCCCAAAUGGCAAUGAUGCGAAAUUAAAUAUCAUUUCAAAAUGAAUGUUUACAUGACGAUAUAAACUUUGAGGAGGAUGAAGCUUAUGACCUUUAAAUGGAAUAAGAAAGAAAAUAUGAUAAGAAAGAAGUAGCAUAGAAGAGAUCAAGGAAAGUAAUGGAUAAGAUGGAUGAUGAUAUCCUCCAGGAGAGAGAAUCUAAGAUCAGAAGCAACAAAUUAGCCUUUUAGGAGGUGCAACAGACAAGUGAAUAUAUGGAAACUCACUACUAUAAUCAGAAAAGUCUAGCUGAGUCUAAAUAAUACAUGACCAUGAACCUAUUCUGGGCAGAUUAUGCCAACUAUUUGGCAAAUAGAGUCGACGAGAGCAAGCCAUUCCUUACUGCUAAUUUCAUUAGAUGCAUUAAAGAUUGCAGAUCUGCACUAAUUAGCUUAGCUAUACUUGGUCUGGCAUUCGAAGAUGCUACUCAUACAUAUAAAACUAAUGAGGGUAGAGGACUCGAAAUAACAGCAAAUAGUCAUAUUAUUCUGUUUAAGAAGGAAGUAAGAGAAGCACCUCUUGAGCUUUCAAAUGAUAUCUUGGUGACUCAUAGAUACGUUUUAUCAGCUGAAAUUGGAUUUAAUACUGGCACAAUGCCUGAAGAGUUCUUAACGAACAAGGCAUAUUCUUGUGAAGUCAUAAUGACUAAUGUGUCCCCACUUUAGAAGAACUUCUCUUUACUCUAUCAGAUUCCUCAGGGCUCUUUACCACUGGAAAUGACUAAGUAUAUGAAAUCUAUUCCAUAAAACUUAGCAUCAUACACCACUACGAAACUCUUCUUCCACUUCUACUUCCCAAAAGAGGGUAGCUUUGUGCACUUCCCUUCAAACAUUUCUCAAGAAGGAAAGAUCAUAGCCAGAGCAGACACUAACACUCUAAGAGUUGUAGACUUCUUAUCAGUCAAAAAGAAGGAGACUUUCAAAGAUAUUGUUCAGACUGGUACAAAAGAAGAUAUACUUGAGUUCCUUAAGACAAAGAACUUGAUAAAGUGUGAGAAUGGCUUUAGCUGGAAUUAUCUCACUUGGAUGUUGAAAGAUAAGCCAUUCUAUGAAAAAGUAAUCCAAAUUAUUAGGGAUAGAUACAUUUACAAUCGCGAUGUUUGGAGUUUUGCUUUUUAUCAUUGCUCUAAUGAAGAAAUCAUGAGGGAAUUCAUAUUAACUGAUAAUUCUUAUUAGAUAUCGGCCUAUGUAGGUUCUUACUUCAGAUCUAAGCUAUUUGAUAGAGAUCCAGAGGAAAAUGAUUUAAAGCAUUUAGACUAUUACCCUAUGUUAAAUGCUAGAGCUCACAUUGUUGGAGACAUUCAGCAAUGGUCUCUAAAUAGAAAUUUAAAAGAGACUUACUCAUAAUUCCUUCAGACAAGCAUUCUAUUGCCUGGUCUCGGCGUUUAAGAGAAGAUGAUACUGAUCUAUAACCUACAGCUUCAAGAUAGAAUCAAUGAAGCGAUUAAGUUGUUUGAAACCAUUGACAUGGACAAGGAGUCGUAAGAGGGAGGACUUGGAGAGACACUAAGAAUUCAAUAUGACUAUUUGAGAGCAUACUUUGACUUCUUCAAUGGCGAGUCUGAAAGUUUCAAAGUCGCAAGAACAAUAGUUAGAAAAUAUGAGGACUAUCCGGUUGCUUCAUGGAGAAUAUUGUUCCUAGAAAUUUUAGACUAGCUUAAUGAAUAUGAUGGCGAGGAAGAAGAGCCAAUAGAAGUAGAUGCCGAAAAUUAAACAGAGGAGCUUAAGAGAUAAAAAUACAAAUAAUAAAUCAACAAGGAGCCAAGAAUUGAAGUUGAAGUAAACUCCUCAUCUUAGUAAAUUUAGAUUGAUGUAGCCAACUUUAAAGCCCUUGCUAUUAAGUUCUAUAUCAUUGAUGCUGAGAUCCUUUUCUCUAGAACUCCAUUCCUUAAAGAAAACACUGAAGAGUUCUCAUACGUAAAGCCAUGCCACGUGAUUGAAAGAGACCUUAACAAUGUGGAUCUUAACUCGUCAAUAGAUACUGUUACGUACCUCUAAAGACCAUAAAAGUUUGAGGUAGAUAUCCCAUAUCAUCUUAAGCAUCAAAACAUGGUCAUUGAGAUCAGUGGUGAAGGUAAAUAGAUCUUUAGAACUUACUACCCCACUCAAAUCAAAGUUAAUAUCCUUGAGUCGUAUGGAGAACUCAAGGUAACUGAUAACAACGGUGCCGCCUUGUCCAAGGUGUAUGUUAAAGUGUUCUACCAACCUUCAAAUAACUUGACUGGCUAACCAAAGUUCUUCAAGGAUGGUUAUACUGACAUCAGAGGCAAGUUCGAAUAUGCUCAGUCUAGUGGCAGCAAACUCAGUGAAGUGAAGAAGUUUGCUAUCUUUGUCAUGAGUGAUACUCUAGGUUCAAUCAUCAAAGAAUGCGAUCCUCCAAAGCAAGAUCCUAACUCAGGCACAGCUGGUGGCAUUGAGAUUAACCAGCUUAAUCAGAGAAAGUAGGAAAGAAUUUUAUCCAAGGUAGCCUAUUCCAAGGCCAAUUACUCGAAGAAGAAAUGA